AGAGGAGUGGACCGGAGCGACGCGUUCAAGAGUGUGUGACCUUAAGAGAGAGAAAGAGAGAGAGAGAGAGAGUGUGUGUGUGAAUCGGCGUCAGCAUGUCUCUCUACCGCAACUCUGCAUGGUUCAUCAAGGGACUCACCCAGUUUACCAAGGGUGCGUAUGUGUCGGCCUCUCGUAGUUUCAUCGAUAAGGACCUGGAGCCCUCGAUGGCCGGAAGGUCCUUCAUGAUCACCGGCGCCAACAGUGGAAUCGGGAAAGCCAUCGCUAUGGCAAUAGCCAAGAAAGGGGGCACAAUCCACAUGGUGUGCCGUAAUAAGGAUAAAGCAGAAGAGGCUCGUGCUGACAUCGUCAAAGAGACAGGAAACAAGGAGGUCUACGUGCACAUUCUGGAUCUGUGUGAGACCAGGAAGGUUUGGGAAUUCGCCGACAACUUCAAGAAGAAGUACAAGACCCUCAACGUCCUAGUGAAUAAUGCAGGCUGCAUGAUGACCAAGAGGGAGGUGAAUGCUGAGGGAUUAGAGAAGAGCUUCGCCAGCAACUCCCUGGCGGUCUACAUCCUGACUAAGACUCUGAUCCCCCUUCUGGAGAAGAGUCCUGAUCCCCGCGUGGUUACCGUGACGUCAGGAGGGAUGCUGGUGCAGAAGCUCCGCUCUGGAAACUUGCAGUCCGACAGAGGAGACUACGACGGGACCAUGGUCUACGCACAACACAAGAGACAACAGAUGGUGCUGACAGAGCAGUGGGCUAAAGCUCACCCCAACAUCCACUUUUCAGCCAUGCACCCCGGAUGGGUCGACACACCAACGGUGGCCAAUGUGAUGCCAGAGUUCCAUGCGUCCAUGCGUGCGCGUCUGCGUACCCCUGACCAGGGGGCUGAUACGGCCGUCUGGCUCGCCGUGUCUGAGGUGGCCACCACCAAACCCAACGGCAGCUUCUUCCAGGACCGUUGCCAGGUGUCUGCCCAUCUCCCUCUGGCGUUGACGCGCAGCUCAGCUCUGGAGGAGCAGCAGUUCAUGACCGUCAUGGAGGACCUCGCCAAGAACUACAUUCCUCACUAGACACACACACACACACAC